AUGACCAGCCUACUAGCACCAGGCCCGUCAGGCUCGGGCAGCGCGACGCCCACGCCCGCAGCAUCGAGGAACAACCCGAUCAGCCUGCGCAUUUACAAGGCGAUCGGGACGAGCUUUGACGACCGCAGCUCGCGCGAGGCGCUCGAGAUCGCGUCGAGCUUCUACUCGGCCAAAGGCAAGGGGCGGACUGACGACGACAUCCUCCCCAUCCGCCGCACGCUCAAGGGACAGAGCGCAGCGACCGCGCGACGCAACCUCAAGCGCGACGUGGAAGCGCGCAUGGCUGGUGGAGCGCAGCGUUUCCUCACAGCAUUCGGCGAGGUCGAUGACAAGCUCGACGUGCUCCGCGAACACAUGCUGGACAUGCAGAGCCGGUGCGACGCUGUACAAGCUGAGUUGGAUCAGGCCAACUCAGGGACAAAGUACCUCCUGGAGCGGGCCGAUGGGCUGCGGUCGCAACGUGCGAGCGCACAACUACGCCUUUCGCUUGUCAAGCUCUUCCUAGCGCGGUUUACGCUCACGCCGGCGGAAGAAGCGGCAUUGACAUCGCGCGACCACGAUGUCGGGCCAGAGUUGUUUACCGCGCUUGACCGCGUCGAGACGAUCCGGCGCGACUGUCAAGCGCUGCUCGGCGGCGACGAGAGCCGAAUGCAGGCCGGCUUGGAUAUCAUGGCUGCUACUGGGACGCAGAUGGAGGCGGGGUAUACCAAGCUACAUCGCUGGCUCGAAUUUGCGUUCCGGCAGAUGACGCGCGAGGCUCACCUCGAGGUCUCGCCGGCUAUGCGCGAGGGCGUGAAGCGCCUAGCUGCGCGGCCCACGCAGCUCAAGGACGCGCUGGGUGUUUUGACAAGCACGCGGCAGAGCGCGAUCCUCACGGCUUUCUUGGACGCGCUAACGCGCGGGGGACCGAAUGGACUACCGCGCCCGAUCGAGAUCCACGCGCACGAUCCGACGCGUUAUGUGGGCGACAUGCUGGCGUGGGUGCACCAGACCACGGCGAGCGAACACGAACUCCUGGAGAGCCUGUUUGGUGUGCGUGCGGAACGCAUGGUUGGCGCGGAACGUGACACGGCGAGCACCGAGGCCAGCAAACGCGUCGGUGAGGCGCUCGACCGCGACUUGGAGGGACUGGGCCGACCGCUGAAAUUGCGAAUUGAACAAACUAUUAAGAGCCAGGAGGGCAUCAUCAUGACUUACCGCAUCGUCAACCUCGUGCAGUUCUACCUCGUUACCAUGCGUAAGACUAUCGGCCCAGACGCACUGCUCGUUAAGACUCUCCAGGAACUGUAUGACUACGCCAACGCAGCGUUCUUCGAGACGCUGCAAGCGCAGGGACGCUCCCUCCUCCGCUUCCUGCACCCUCCGGACGCGACGCUUUCCCCACCCCUCAGCCUGCGCGACGUCUGUCAAGUACUCCGCGAGAUUAUAACCGUGUACGACACAUCGCUCGUCGAUGCGGCCGAGCGCGAGACGGAUUUUGCCAAGCUGCUCGAUGCGGCUGUCGACCCUGCGGUCGAGAUGUGCGAGCGCAUGGCAGACUUGCGCAAGGCGAGCGGGACCAACGGCGCGUGGGACAAGGACGUGUUCCUCGUCAACUGCCUCGAGUAUCUUGAGCACACGCUCGAGCCGUACCAGUUCACCGCCCCGCGCGUGCAGGGACUGCAGCUGCAGAUAGAGACGCACGUCGAGUCGAUGACCUUCGAACAUCACGGCAAGCUUCUCGAGCAGUGCGGCCUCGCAACAGUCAUGCGCGCGAUCCACAGUCGGCCACCAGAUACACCACUCUCCCGCCUUCCCGGUGCCACGGCGACCGAGCUCACCGCGGCGCUCACAAAGUUCUCGUCCUUCCUCACAUCACACGACCCGCUCACGUCCCCGCGCCUCGCGCUUCUCACCAACCCGCGCUCCGCCGAGGUCAUCCACCGUACAGCUCUGCGGCGCAUUGCAGAGGCGUACGCCGAGGUGUGUGAUCGCGUGCUGGACAAGAAGGAGGGGUAUGAGUUUGCCGAGACGCUGCUUCGCCGCGGACGAGACGAAGUUGAAGUCGCUCUAGGCGUACAGUAA